AUGAAGCAAAUUUAUUCGGAAUGAUUUCACCCUCUUAAAAUUAAUGGACAAUUUUAUAAAGAUCACGAAACCAUUUCCCUUUCUGCCAACACUACAAAAACCAUUAUUAACUUGUACUAGCAGAAAAAUGCAACCAAAGUUUCUCUAUUUCACUCUCUUUGUCUUUCUCUUGAUCUCAACUGCCGGUUCUUUGGCUUAUAAUACCGGCGGAAGGAAAAUGAGUGCGCUGGAAACUUCAGGGUCACCUAGUGGAGGAAGUGGUGCGGCGCAUGGGCCUAAUUGGGAUUACAAUUGGGGUUGGGGUUCUAGCCCAAGAGGAGGAUGGGGUUAUGGUUCGGGCUCGGGCCGGUCUCCUAAUGGGUUCGAUCGAGGCUGGGGUUUUGGUUCUGGGUCGGGGAGUGGGUCCGGUUCUGGCUACGGAUAUGGCUCAGGAAGCGGUGGCGCUUAUGGUGGUGGAUAUGGAGAAGAAAUACGGGAAGAGAGAAGAAAAGACACACGACAGAAUAAAUAAGAAAUUAGGGUUAUUUAGAAUUUGGCUAUAUAAUGCCAAUUUUUUUGGUUACCUUUGCCAAACCUAUUAUAUGGCCAAAUUAUUGCCAAUUCUCUUUAUGAGUUGUCAUACCAUGCCAUUUUUUC